AAAGAGGACCGGAAUAUGCUCUAUACCUUCUCUCACCUGAGCCCGACCUCACAGACCAACAUGUCCGUGGAGAGCUACUCUGCGCUGGACGAGUCCUCUCUCCGAGCCUUGCUGGAUGAAACCGUGGAUCUGGACGAGAGGCGCGUCAUCCGUUCAGCCAUCCGGGAGUUGAGGAGGAGGGAGAUCGAGGACAUGGAGGCCGCUCUGGCCAGCAAGAGGUUUCGACCCACACGCAUCAUCCAGCAGGAGGACAAGGAGAACCAGCAUAGCGACAACUUGAACGUCCUGUCAAAAAAAUUACAAUCAAUCCAGGACAUUGAUGAGCUCACCAAAAUGCUCCGAACCGCCAGCGAGUACGAGGAGAGGAAGUUGAUCAGAGCAACCAUCCGACAAAUCAGAGAUGAACAGCAGCAAGGGUCUGCAGAGCGGGUCAAAGCUCCGGGUCGCUGCCAGGAGUCUGAGAGUGUGGAGCCCCAGAGCACCAUGGGAACUGUGGAGACAGAGCGGGAGGGUCACAGUGAGCAGGAGCGUGUCCGAUCUCAGAUCCGGGAUUUACGGGGACAGCAGACGCAACAAAGCAAAGAGCUGCAGAGAAAAGGCUCCAGCUCAGGCAUGGUGCUGGAUCUGGAUCACCUGGGGAAGGAGGACGAUGGCCCUGCAGCGCUGCUGAUCCAGCCUCAGAGAGAGGCUGAGAGCAGCGAGCCGGACCUCGUCCUGUCUCAUCGUCAGAGGUCCGACUCCUCAGCGUCAGACCGCAGUGCGAUCUCUGGGCUCUCCAGGUCCAAUCUGGAUUCUGCGGCUUCAGAGAAGAGCGAGGGCUCAGCCUUCAGAGGCCGGCUGGACUCUGGAGCCUCGGACAGGAGCCAGAGUCCCUUCCAGAGAGGUCGGCUGGACUCUGGGGCUUCAGAGCGGAGCGUCGGCUCCCUGACCCACAUCAGGCAGAGACUGGGUUCAGAUGUCUCAGACUCCGGCGUCAGACCCCGUCUGGGCUCCGGGGCUUCAGACAGCGCUGGGCUUUUGUCACGGACGGACUCGGGGACAUCUGUUAGUGCGAGUGUGUCCUCUGAGGAGAGGGGUCCAGCAGAGGAUGUGGAGGUAGCCACGAGCGGUUCCACUUACAGCACAGAUUCAGAAGUUGAGAGCGUAAGUCAAGGUCCAGCCAGCCUUCAGGCUCCGUCCAAACAGGACAGCAUCAUCGACCAGGAGCAGCCGGAUGGAGCCGUCUUAUCCCGGAAAGAUCCUGCAAAUGGCCUGCUCGACGACAGCAUCAAGGGAACAUUUGACUUCCAGAAAAAAAAGAUGACAAUAAACGGUGAUCUGCCCCUCAAUAAUGGCAAAGCAAAGGAUUCUGCACCUGAGAAGAAAGUGGUAUUGGAACAAUUCAACCGAACCAACUCUGUACGCGAUCGAAUGCGUAAAUUCACUGAAGCAACCCAGAGCGCAAACGUCCCAGCUUUGAGGAAAGCUCCUCUGAGGAACGGCACCUCCUCCGGCGGCAGCAGCCAGGCGAAUCUGUCCAGAGCCACCGAGAUGUUUACACACACAGGAGCAUCCCUCAGCACAUCUGGAGACAGGCCAGAGAGGCCACGUGUGGACUCCACAUCUCACACCUCCGCAGCAUCCCAGAGUCAGGCCGUACCUCAGCCAAGAGGUGUGGCCAGCAAACCUCUGUCUUCAGCCGGCCAAUGGCAGAGCUCCGUAGGCGGGACGAGGCAUCCAGCAGAAAAAGAUGCGCAUGCCUCCAGUAACUCAAAGGAAGACGGGACCCCAGGGAGAGCAGCUGAGCAGCAGGUCACCCAGGGAGAGGCAGACCCCGACAUGAAGACUUUCCUCACUAUCGAGAUCAAGGAUGGGCGCACCACCUCCACCUCUACGUCCUCCCCCAGGGGCAACAUGGUGCCCAUCACCAACAUGACCCCACGCAUCACCACUAAUCCUCUGGGGCAGAGAGGAGAGUUGACCCUCGGCCUCCGAGCUACACCGUUCAAGAUCUCCUCAUCCAGCCUCUCCUCAGGAUCCUCCAUCAAGAUGAAGACAGAGCCCGUGGCCUCGGAGCCGGUGUCUGCAGCUGCAUCGUCUGCCAAGGUGGGGAGUCACGUCCCCACCAUCCCAAACGGCUCCAGCACUCAGAGCAAACCACACGAGCACUCCGGAAAACUGACAGCCGACCAGCUGGCUGCUAUCGAGGACGAGGAGCUCCUUGACAAAAUGCUCGAUGAGUCAAAAGACUUUGAGGAGAGGAAGAUGAUCCGUGCAGCCAUGAGAGACCUUCGCAAGAGAAAGAGAGAGGCCAUGCUGGGAUGUACUCAAGAGGAAAUAGACCAGAGAGAAAAGGAGCGCGACAACCGUCUGCAGGAGAUCCGGCAGCAGAGGGAAGAGCGAGGGCAGAAAGGCCGUCCAGGCGUGGGAGCAGGAGAGGUGGGGAUGAGGAAGGUGGAGAAGUCCGCCGACGGCUCCAGCCUCAGCCAAGUCACCAAGACAGACCGCUUCGCUUCGUCUG